AUGACAGAGACUCACAGCAGAAUCCUGCUUUCCCUCACAGAGGUGGGUGCUGGGACAGCCGGAGGACGCCGUCCCACCGUAACAGGAAACACUGAGGGAUUCACAGCCUUUCAGACGCCUCUGCUGGGCUCCACCUCACCUGUAGAACUGCUGAGCAAAGAUGAUGACGAGGAAACAGAGGGACACCCUUCAGAAGCUCCAACAGAAGCCCCCCCAACCCAUUCAGCAUCUUCAGAACAUCCACCCUCUUCAGCAGUGAGCGAGGUUGAAAAGAUCAGGUGUGACUUUGUGGCCAGGGUGUCAGAAGCAACCCUCAAACAGCUCUUUGAUGCCUUAAGAAAAGAUGGUGUGCUCAAUCGUUUGCAAGAAGAGGAGAUACUGCAGAAAAACCCAGUUAGAGCCGACAAAGCACGUGAUCUUUUGGACUAUGUGAUGAAUCAAGGAGAAAAGGCCUGUAAGAAGAUGAUAGUACAUUUGAAAGCCUCAGCUCCAGCCCUUUCCUCUGAGCUGGGCAUUUCCUCUGAUCAUCCUGCUUUGAAA